AAUAGCUAAUAGGGGUCAUGUCAGAUAAGACGACAAAAAUGUCAGUUUUGGGUUGGCGACCCUGCACACAUAAAUAAACAAAAGUUUGGUCAAAUUUUUAAACAAAUACUAAAUUCUAGUUAAAAUCACGUUACAAAUUAAACUGGUUAUGUAACAAUUAACAAUUUCAGUUUUUCUGAAAAAAAUGGCUCAAAAUUUACGUCGUGAGGUCUUGGACGCUUUUAAGUCCCUUCACAAGGCCCGAAAGUAUGUUUUUCAAGGGGAUAACAAUGCUUUAACCAAAGCACGUUUGAAAAUUAACGAAGAGUACAAAAAAUGUAAAAAUGUGACUGAUUUACAAGCUAUAGAAGAAUUAGUGAAUUAUUCGAAAGCAGUUGAGAAUGAAUUAAGGGCUACUGUAAUCCAGGCUAGGGAAAUACAACCUGGGCAAUAUGAGGUUAGGCUCAGGGAGGAAAUUCCUAGAUUGGAUAAUAUGCCCUUCAAUGAUUGUGCCCAGAAAUCAAAAACCUAACUAGGUGAUUAUUUUAUUAGAAUAAACGGUUAGAAUUAAAAAAAAUGUUUAUUUAUAUUCAAUAAGAGAUGUUUAAUGGUUUUUGUAAAUUGUGUAUGCAACCAAUUAUACACGUUUUAAUUUUAUAACGUGAAGUGAGGUAAUAUGUGCCCUUCAAUGACUGUUCUUUGAAAUUAAAUAUUUAAAAUGAUUUUUCUUAGAAUAAACGUUUAGAAUUAUAACAUUUGUGUAUUUUUGUCCAAUAAUAAAUUUUCAGUGUUUUUUUGAAAUGGUGUAUG